UUGCUAAUCAGGGAAGUAAACAAGUUAGGGCCAGCUGUGUAUAUGAAACUCUACGAUCUGGUACGGACUACACGGACAAUGUGCAAGGCAGCUACUGUGUCUUAAGGAGAGCUUGAAAUGGAUGUUGUGAUCCUUCGUAUUGGUAGGCGUACAUAUACUUCACUCUCAGAUCCCGUGUAGGCGAAGGCAGAAAUGUCGGGCUGGGGACAAUAUCUGGCCAGGUUCGCCUAUGACCUUAUCUUCUUCAGCAAUGACGUCCAAACAACCACCAUCGCCAUGGCAAUCACAGGUUCCCUGUGCUGUUCAAUCCUGUGGGCCAUCAUCCAUGUCGUCACACUCAUCCAUGACCCCCCUGGACACGGCGACCCCAAGUCGGCCACCACACCCACAGAGUUAGCUCCCCUGCACGGCUUAACCCAGAUGACGCAGAGAUCACUAAUGAGUACUAGUCUGGAUGUUCUGUGUAUCAGAUGUGGUCGUCUGAUGUCGAACCAGAAGUGUCGCUAUGGGAUGUGUUCGGGAUGUUGCCUGGGGCGACGACAGUGUCGCGUCCAUCAGUCCCUGGUUGUGUCAGACUCCGUCGUCAUGGGACUCCGGAUCACUGGCCCCAAAGGAAUCGAUCUCAGCAACAGUUGUAUGAGCAGUGUCCCUGAGCGACUUGGGUUUGUAGGCGCCCAGCUGACCUAUCUCAACCUGUCCUGCAACAGUCUGACGCAGCUUCCUCCAGAUAUCGGUUGUCUACAGGGUCUCCGAGAACUACAGCUCAACGGCAAUCAGCUCACUCACAUUCCAUCCACAUUAGGGAGUCUACAUCAGCUGACGGAGCUCAACCUGCGACACAACCAGCUGGCCGACAUUCCAGAUGCUCUGCUACACCUGCCUAGUCUCAAACACCUGAACGUGGAGCACAACCAGCUGACGAGUUUAUCCCCUGGCAUCAGUCAUCUCUUGCUCCUGGAGGAGCUCUACGCAGGAUUCAACUGUCUCACAUCUUUACCAAGUGCAAUAGGAAAACUUUUUAAUCUAAAGGUGCUGUCUGUCCACCAUAACAAGAUGGCGACUGGUCUACCGAGCAGUAUUGGUCAGCUGAUCUGUCUCCAACAGCUGGACGUAGAGAACUGUGAUUUGUCGUGCCUGCCGCCCACCCUAGGGAGGUGCAUGUCGCUGUGUAAACUCAAGCUGUGCCACAACAGAUUGAGUUACCUCCCUUACCAGCUGUCACAGCUGCAGCAGCUGCAGGAGUUGUAUGUGACAGACAACGGGCUUUCAUCUUUCCCAGCUGCAAUGGAAAACAUGGCAAUCAAAAUGUUUGAAGUUUCAGGGAACCCUCUGAUCACAAGGGACACUGCUGUUAUUUUAUCUAACGAAACAACACCAACAGAGGUCUUAACAUUCCCUCCCCUCAUUGAAAUAGUUGCCCGGCAGAUAGUAUUAAAGAAAAUAGGACACCGCCAUCUUCUUCCUGACUUCUUGCAAGAUCUCCUCCAGGCCAGGAAGCAGUGCAGUCGUUGCAAACAGCCGGUAUUCCGGUACCACCACACAGCCAUACGCCAGGGAGUCAUUGGGAAGUACCGCACCAAGGUGCCGCUCAAAGAAACACUAUGUGCUCCCCAUCUGUCCACAAAAUGUCCUCUUUUGUGAAAAAAAAUGCUACAAUUCCAUGUUGUUUAAAGCCUAAGGGAGCCACUUUGGUAACAUAUAAAUAUAUUUAAGAUCGAAAUUUCUGGGUUUUUUCAAUUAUAUGUUUAUUUUCUUGAAGUUUUUGCUUGUUAUUUCGAUUAUGUUUUCUACAUUUCAAUUAUUUUCUCAUUACUUCGAGUUUUUCAUAAUUUCAAGUUUAUUUUAAAAAAACUCAAUUUUUUUAUUUUUAUGUCUUGUCAAAAUUUCUGUUAUUUUUUUUAGCUGCUUCCGAACGACUGAUUCCGUCAAUUUAUUAUUAUUUUGUAUAUUUUCUGUUAUUUUCUCGUUGCUGCCAGUUUUUUCUCGUUACUUCAAUUAUGUUCUGGUAAUUUCAAUUUUCUCAUUACUUCAAAUUCAUUUCAAAAACACAAAAUUUUGAUUAUUGUUAUCAUUAUUUCAAUUAUAUUAUCGAAAUUAUGAGUUUUUUCUAGUUGCUUAAUUUUUUUUCUCAAAUUUCGAGUUUUUUAAAUAACAAGGAAAUAAUCGAAGUAAUGAGAAAAUACUCCUAAUUCCGGGAAAAUAAUUGAAAUAUCGAGAGAAAAAUUGAAAUUUUGACAAAAUAAUCGAAAUAACAAGAAAUUUUGAUUUAAAAAAAAAUGAACCAAAGUGGCACCAUUAGGCUUUUGUAAAGUUGAAGGUAUAACAAAUAUGUUGGUAUUUCUUAAAAAGAUGUUUAAUGAACAUGCUUUACUGUAGCAAAGUAAUGUAGGUUGUGUGUUCCCAGUUGUCUGAGGUGCAGUAAAUCGCUGUGCGGAGUUACUUCCCUUAGGUGUGCCAGAAACCUUUGAUCAUGGGUUCUAAUCCAAGAUUCACCUUGUUUAUGUUUCUAGGUUUGUUGUUGGUUGGUUGGUUGGUUUGUUGUUUAACGCCGCACUCAGCAAUAUUCCAGCUAUACGACGGCGGUCUGUAAAUAAUUGAGUCUGGACCAGACAAUCCAG